AUGGAGUUCCGAGCCCAAAUACUCUCCGAUUUUGCUGUUGGUGAAAUUCAAUUCUUCCUUCCGGUAUUGCUCCUGGCCUCCACAGGAUCUGCGUUGCUCAAAGAUCGAUUCCCCGACAUUAGCGGAACCAAGUCUUUCAACACCUCUAAAUUCUGGGACGUUGUCGCUAACCACUGCCCCAACGAAAUUACCGCCCUCUCUGCCUGUCCACCUGCGAAUGAGAGUCCUAAACUACGAACCCCAUUUGCGACGAGUUACUCGCAAUUCCUAAUAUCAUUUAGGUUUGACGCAUACUUCUCAUGCAGUGGGCUUGGAGACUAUGAAAAGCAGGUCCCAAUACCGACUGGGUUCAUUCCCGUCGCGAAUUUCUCUUCGCAAUCGGGAUGCAAUUAUCCGGCGCCAUUGCCGGUAUUGAGGGACGCGUGCACUUUUGAUGCAGAAGAGAUUCCUCGUAGUGGAUGUUGCUCUCAGAGUUCCUCUUCAUGCGGACAACAAAACACAAAUCUCCUAAUAUGUCAGAUGCAGGCCAGGCAACUAACAUCGUCCAGCGCUGAGCAAUACGUCCGAUGCACCAAUGCCCAAUCCAGCACACCGGGAUCAAACAGCACCCUUUGUGUCAUCGAAAACGCUGAAAAGGCGACUUGGCUCCCGAAACAAUUUCUAGUAUUUAGCGGCUCCUCAACCUGUCCCACUGCCCACAAAGUCCUCACCUACCUCGCGAUUUCAAACCUCAUCGCCUUUGUAUCUGCGCUCCUCAGCAACACGCAGGUCUGGAAGACGCUCUUCAGGCGGUCGAAAGCAUACGAAUACACCGACAUCAAACUCAAUUUUUUGUCCAUGUUUAUCUCUAUCGGGACUCACAUCGCGAUUCCAUUCAUCAUGGGCGUCAUCCUCGAAAAACAAGGCUAUACCGUAAACUGGAUCCAGCAAGUCCUCCUCUGGACCGUGAGGCCCCGUAUCGCGCCUAUCAUCGCCAUCCUAGGCUUCAUAAACGCCAGUUGGAUGGAAAUCGCCAUCAACGAAAUGGUCGCCGACUUGCUCUUCUGCAUCCCCGCAACCAAUUUCGCUGUUUUCGCUGCCUUUUUCCCAAACAAAACCAAGAACCCCGCAAAACCAGAUUUGUACAAAAUCUACCAUGCCGGCGGUAUCAUCAUGCUCAUCCCCGGAGUUAUUCUAACUUUCACUCUGCUGGUCUCUUUUUGCCUGAAAUGUGCACCCAUUCGCGCUUUCAAGUAUCCAUUCCAGGAUCUUUGGCGCCUGGUAUCUAAUCCUUUCCGCAAGUUGAUGAAGAAAGAGCAGUUGGAGAAAAGGACUGUGCAUAUCAGUGUGUUCAAAGGCUGGUUUAUUAUUUUCUUCUUCCUGGGGAUUAUUUUGUAUGUAGGAAGUUGGAUGGUUUGGGCAAGUUUCUUGAAGAUGGCAGGGGAGUUGUAUUGUCCGGCAAAGUUGAAUAAGAUUGGGGCGGUGCUAUUUGCAUAUCCGGUGGUGCUGAAUGCAUUGAGGGUUGGGAAUCUUGACUUGGGUAGGGCUGAAAGUUGUAUGUAUAUUCUUACUUCUGCCAUUGAUAUCUACCAUUUGCAUACUGAUUCUGUACGGUUUUUCAACUUCAAUAUCUUGUCUAUCUAUACUGGGCUGAAUUUGUCACAAAUUCUAAAUCCUGAACUUCAGGCACUGGGAGCCGAAUAUACGCCCACAAAAUACCAUUUGAGACUUCAACCUGGAUGGAAUUGUAACCCUCUGGCGUGCAUUUGGAGUAGAUUAUACCCAAAAUUUAGGGAAAAGAUUAAACCGCGGGAUGGUGGUCAUAAAGUAGUGACUACUAACUGUUGCGUUUGCCAAAAGCUGUACGCGACACCAACCUAUCCACCAAGUUCUCUAGUGCCGCUAUCAGAAGUCGUCGUCAUUAUCUUCGACUUGCGUGCAGCUUCACAUCCACAAUUGGCGUUAGAUGCGAGAAGAAUUGGGGCGGGAUGUCAAAAUCUGGCCUGGACCUUUGGCCCGCAUCCAGUCUCUAAAUGGUUACUCGGCCAUAGGCUUUCUCAUCGGCUAGCGGCGACUGCAAUCGACAUACCAACAGUUAUUCUAUCAAGCAUAAAAAUAGUCCCGGAUCCUAUUGAGACUUCCUAG